AGAGUGUGUGAGAGAGCGGCGAGAGAAAGGUAGAUUCUGUGAAGAGAGAGAGUUUAAAAAAAAAAAAAAACACUGGAAGGAUUUUUGUGAUUUCUCUUGAGAAGCUGCUGCUAACGUUGGGAGCAGGAUGGCCGAUGGAGAGGGAGGGGACGAGGAGAUCCAGUUCCUGCGAACGGAUGACACGGUGGUGCUCCAGUGUACAGCGACCGUCCUGAAGGAGCAGAUCAAGCUGUGUCUGUCUUGUGAGGGCUUCGGGAACCGACUGUGCUUUCUUGAAACGACAUCCAACGCCCAGAAUGUGCCCCCUGACUUGGCUAUCUGCGCCUUCAUCCUGGAGCAGUCGCUUUCGGUGCGGGCACUUCAGGAGAUGCUUGCCAAUACCAUGGAGAUGGAGUCCUCUCAGGGAGGAGGCCAUCGAACCCUGCUGUAUGGCCACGCCAUCUUGCUGAGACACAGCCACUCUGGCAUGUAUCUCAGUUGCCUGACCACAUCACGUUCGCUCACGGACAAGCUGGCCUUCGAUGUGGGUUUGCAAGAGGACUCUACAGGUGAAGCGUGCUGGUGGACCAUCCAUCCUGCAUCCAAGCAGAGGUCAGAAGGUGAGAAGGUCAGAGUGGGAGAUGACUUGAUCCUGGUUAGCGUGUCAUCUGAGAGAUACCUGCAUUUGUCCUAUGCCAGUGGGGACUUGAUGGUGGAUGCCUCGUUCAUGCAGACUCUGUGGAACAUGAAUCCUGUGUGUUCAGGCUGUGAGCUAGCAGAAGGUUUUUUAACGGGGGGCCAUGUUCUACGCUUGUUCCACGGUCAUAUGGACGAGUGUCUGGCCAUAUCACCGCCAGAUCAAGGAGAAGAACAGCGCAAGAUUGCACAGUAUGAGUCAGGAGCUGUCUGUAGUCAAGCACGCUCUUUGUGGAGACUUGAACCGUUGAGAAUCAGCUGGAGUGGUGGUCAUAUGAAGUGGGGUCAGCCAUUCCGCAUACGCCACAUUACCACUGGACGUUAUCUUUGUUUGGAUGAAGAGAAGGGUCUGUUGGUACUCGAUCCCGAGAAGGCAAAUACCAAGCAGUCAGCUUUCUGCUUCCGUGCCUCCAAGGAGAAGGUGGAGGUGGUGAAGAAGCGUGAUGUUGAGGGCAUGGGGGUUCCAGAGAUCAAGUAUGGCGAGUCUAUGUGCUUUGUCCAGCAUGUCUCCACAGGUCUUUGGCUCACCUAUGCUGCCCUUGAUGCCAAAGCAGCUCGUUUGGGUACUAUGAAAAGAAAGGUUACUCUGCAUCAGGAAGGCCACAUGGAUGAUGCCCUGGUGAUGUCACGCUCUCAGACAGAGGAGUCUCAGGCAGCCCGCAUGAUCUACAGCACCACUGGACUUUUUAAACUGUUCAUUAAGGGGCUAGACUCUCUGAGUGGGAAGAACAGAGCUACAGGUCCAGUCUCACUGCCUCUGGAUGGAGUGAUUCUCUCCCUUCAAGAUCUUAUCCACUACUUUCGUCCACCUGAAGAGGAACUAGAGCAUGAGGAGAAGCAGACGAAACUGCGCUCACUGCGCAACCGGCAGAACCUCUUCCAAGAAGAGGGAAUGAUUACCAUUGUGUUGGAGUGUGUGGAUCGGCUUAACGUGUACAAUACUGCUGCUCACUUCUCCGAGUUCGCUGGUGAAGAGGCAGCCGAGUCCUGGAAGGAAAUUGUCAACCUGCUCUAUGAAUUGCUGGCAUCACUUAUCAGAGGGAAUCGUGCUAACUGUGCUUUGUUCUGCGAUAAUCUGGAUUGGUUGGUCAGUAAACUGGACCGUUUGGAGGCCUCCUCAGGCAUUCUGGAGGUGUUGUACUGCAUUUUGAUUGAAAGCCCUGAAGUCCUGAACAUCAUCCAGGAGAACCACAUCAAGUCUAUCAUCUCUCUUUUGGACAAGCACGGGCGCAACCACAAGGUAUUGGAUGUGCUGCGCUCUCUGUGUGUAUGCAAUGGCGUGGCUGUGAGAUCAAACCAGAACCUCAUCACGGAAAAUUUGCUACCACGUCGUGAGCUUCUGCUCCAGACCAACAUCGUGAAUUAUGUUACUAGUGUAAGACCCAAUAUCUUCCUAGGCACAUGUGAGGGUUCAACACAGUAUAAGAAGUGGUACUACGAGAUGAUUGUAGACUAUGUGGAGCCUUUUGUGACGGCCCAGCCUAGUCAUCUGCGUGUUGGCUGGGCGCUAACAGAAGGAUACAGUCCCUAUCCAGGGGGAGGAGAGGGUUGGGGGGGCAAUGGAGUUGGCGAUGACCUUUACUCCUAUGGAUUUGAUGGACAUCACCUUUGGUCAGGUCAUGUGGCUCGUCAUGUUGCAUCACCCAACCAGCAUAUCCUGGCAGCUGAUGACGUUGUAAGCUGCUGUCUGGAUUUGAGCGUACCCAGUAUCUCUUUCCGUAUCAAUGGGCAUCCUGUUCAGGGCAUGUUUGAAAAUUUCAAUUUGGAUGGCCUCUUCUUUCCCGUUAUCAGCUGCUCAGCUGGGGUCAAAGCGCGAUUUCUAUUGGGUGGACGUCACGGUGACUUUAAGUUCUUACCUCCACCUGGCUAUGCCCCAUGUUACGAGGCUCUCCUGCCCAGAGAGAGGAUGCGCAUCGAGCCUGUCAAAGAGUACAAGCAUGACUUUAAUGGAGUCAGAAACCUCCUGGGCCCCACACAGUCCCUCACACACACUUCUUUCACACCUUGUCCUGUGGACACUGCUCAGAUUGUGUUGCCCCCUCACUUGGAGCGCAUCAGAGAAAAACUGGCUGAAAACAUCCAUGAGCUGUGGGCUGUCACUCGAAUAGAGCAGGGUUGGACUUAUGGUCCAUUCCGUGAUGAUAAUAAGAAACUGCACCCAUGCUUGGUGGACUUCCAGAGCUUGCCCGAACCUGAGAGAAACUACAACUUGCAGAUGUCUGGAGAAACUCUGAAGACACUUCUGGCUCUAGGGUGCCACGUGGGUAUGGGAGAUGAGAAAGCCGAAGAAAAUCUGAAAAAGAUCAAGCUGCCCAAAACCUAUGUGAUGAGCAGUGGGUACAAGCCAGCUCCUCUGGAUCUCAGCCAUGUGAAACUGACCCCCAACCAGAACCAGCUUGUGGAGAAGCUGGCGGAGAAUGGGCACAAUGUGUGGGCACGAGACCGUGUGAGGCAGGGUUGGACCUACAGCAUUGUGCAGGAUAUUAUGAAUAAACGUAACCCUCGUCUGGUACCGUACGUCUUGCUGGAUGAGAGAACCAAGAAAACCAACAGAGACAGUGUGAACAAUGCCGUACGCACCCUUAUUGGCUAUGGAUACAACAUCGAGCCACCCGACCAGGAGAGCAGUGGUCACUCAUUGGAGAGUGGGCGAGGGGACAAGGUUCGAAUCUUCAGAGCAGAGAAGCAGUAUGCAGUAACUUCAGGAAAAUGGUACUUUGAGUUUGAAGCAGUGACCACAGGAGAGAUGAGGGUAGGCUGGGCUCGACCUAACGUGCGUGCAGGCACUGAGCUUGGAGCUGAUGAACUGGCUUAUGUCUUCAAUGGAAACAGGGCUCAACGCUGGCACAUUGGAAAUGAGCCCUUCGGGCGGCAGUGGCAGUCGGGAGACGUGGUGGGAUGCAUGAUUGACCUGGUGGAGAUGAACAUCAUGUUCACUCUGAAUGGAGAGAUGCUGAUCAGUGACUCAGGCUCAGAGAUGGCCUUCAAAGACAUCGAGAUUGGAGAUGGUUUCAUCCCUGUCUGUGCACUGGGACUUUCUCAAGUUGGCCGUAUUAACUUGGGCCAGAAUGUUAGCAGCCUGCGCUAUUUUGCCAUUUGUGGAUUGCAGGAGGGAUUUGAACCUUUUGCCAUUAACAUGAAGAGAGACAUUACCAUGUGGUUCAGCAAGAGUUUGCCCCAGUUUCUCCCAGUGCCCAGUAACCACAAUCAUAUUGAGUUGUCUCGUGUGGAUGGCACAGUGGAUAGCGCCCCCUGUCUGAAGCUCACCCACAAGACGUUUGGGUCCCAGAAUGCCAACACAGACAUGAUAUUUCUGAGGCUAAGCAUACCAAUUGAGUUUCAUGAGACUUUUAAAGUGCAGGCAGGUACCACACCCCUAACUCGAGCACUAACCAUCCCAGAGGAUGAAGUGUUGGAGGUGGAUCCUGACUCUGAGUAUGAAGUGCUGAAAAAGUCAGCCAGCAAGAAGGAGCAGGAGGACAAAGAAAAGGAACCGUCCGUGCCCAGAGACAUACCUGGUGUCAAGGAGAAUGACAAGGACACUGCUUCUGAGAAAGGCAAAAAGAAAGGUUUCCUGUUUAAAGCUAAGAAAGCUGCCAUGAUUACUCCUCCCCCUCCUCCCCCUGUUUUGCCACGCUUGGUACAGGACGUGGUGCCGGAUGAUCGUGAUGACCCUGACAUCAUUCUCAGUACCACUACAUAUUAUUACUCAGUGCGGAUCUUUGCUGGCCAAGAGCCUGGUGGUGUUUGGGUUGGCUGGGUCACCCCUGACUACCAUCAGUAUGAUCCUAGCUUCGACCUCUUCAAAGUUCGCACUGUAACAGUGACUGUAGGUGAUGACAAGGGCAACAUUCAUGACAGCAUAAAACGAAGCAACUGCUACAUGGUGUGGGGAGGCGACUUAAUCAGCGGUUCACAGCAACGCUUCAGCCAGGAGGAUCUUGUUGUUGGUUGCUUGGUUGACUUGGCCACUGGUCUUAUGACUUUCACAGCCAAUGGGAAGGAAAUCAAUACCUUUUACCAGGUGGAGCCCAACACCAAGCUUUUCCCUGCCGUGUUUGUUCAGCCCUUUAGCCAGAACAUGCUGCAGUUUGAGUUGGGAAAGCUAAAGAACAUUAUGCCUCUCUCAGCGGCCAUGUUUCGCAGUGAACGGAAGAACCCUGUGCCUCAGUGUCCUCCUCGUCUUGAUGUCGAGAUGCUCACGCCAGUUAUAUGGAGCCGUGUCCCAAACCACUUCUUGAAACCUGAAAUGGGUAAAGUGAGUGAGAGGCACGGAUGGAUGGUAGAAUGCACUGAACCUCUCACCAUGAUGGCAUUGCACAUUCCCGAGGAGAACAGGUGCAUUGAUAUCCUGGAGUUGUCAGAACGCCAAGACUUGUUGAAAUUCCACUACCACACUUUGAUGUUGUAUUGCGCCGUGUGCGCUUUGGGCAACAACCGCGUGGCCCAUGCUCUCUGCAGCCAUGUGGAUGAAUCACAGCUUUUCUAUGCCAUCGAGAACACAUACCUUCCUGGGCCAUUGCGUAUCGGUUACUACGACCUGCUCAUCAGCAUCCAUCUAGAGUCAGCGAAGCGCAACCGUCUGGGUACCAAUCGUGAGUUUAUUGUGCCCAUGACGAAAGAGACGCUUAGUAUCACUCUGUACCCAGAUGCUGACACCGCCCAUGAUCUGCCUGGUGUGGGUCUGACCACCUGCCUCAGGCCUAAACUCCAUUUCUCACCUAUUAAUUUUGUGGGCACAGAUCCAGACCUGUACACUCUGAGUCCUAUCUUCCCUCUGCAGGAACUAAAGACCAAGUCUCUGAGCAUGCUAACUGAGGCUGUAAUGGACGGGAGUCAGGCCAUGCGUGAUCCAGUAGGGGGCAGCGUCGAGUUCCACUUUGUUCCCAUUCUUAAACUCAUUAGCACACUUCUCAUCAUGGGUAUCUUUAACGAUGAUGAUGUCAAGCACAUUCUUAAGAUGAUUGACCCCAAUGUUUUCAGAGAAGAUGAGGAGGAUGAAGAGCUUAAAGCCCUCAAAAAGGAGGAAGGAGAGGAGGGGGAUGAGACGGAGAAGGCAGAGGAAGAAAAGCAGGAACGACAAAAAGUGGAUGGAGAAAAAGCAGAGGAGGAGAAGGAAGCAGAGGAAGGAGGAGAAGAGGGAUCUGGGGAAGAGGAGGAGGCACCAGAGGAAGGUCUGUUGCAAAUGAAACUUCCUGAAUCAGUCAAACUGCAGAUGUGUAUCCUGCUGCAAUAUUUCUGUGACUGUGAGCUGCGGCACCGUGUGGAAGCUGUUGUCGCUUUCUCUGAUACAUUUGUGCAGUACCUACAAACCAACCAACGUGAUCGCUACAAUCAGCUCAUGAGAGCUUUCACCAUGACUGCUGCUGAGACAGCACGAAGGACCCGGGAGUUCCGGUCUCCUCCACAAGAGCAGGUUAUUAUGCUGACUCACUUUAAGCACAAUCCUGAAGACGAGGAGUGUCCAGUGCCUGAUGAAAUACGAGAACUUCUCCAGACUUUCCACAGUGACCUUCUGAAUCACUGUGGUAUACACCUUGAGGAAGAGGAGGAAGAGGAGGAGGUGGAAAUGUCGCUUAAAGGAAGACUGCUCAAGUUAGUGGAAAGAGUGAAGAGUUUGCGUAAACAGCAGCAAGAAGAAGAAGAACCUGAACCAGAUGAGGAGCCUAAACCCAGCACAUUGCAGGAGCUAAUUUCUCACACAGUGAUCCACUGGGCACAGGAGUCAUUUAUCCAGAACCCAGAGCUUGUACGAAUGAUGUUCAGCUUACUUCACCGGCAGUAUGACUCUCUGGGCGAGUUGAUUCGAGCUCUGCCCAAAGCGUACGCCAUCAAUGGCGUGUCUGUGCAGGACACCAUGGACCUACUAGAGUGCCUGGGCCAGAUCCGCUCCCUUCUCAUUGUUCAGAUGGGUCCUGAGGAGGAGAGGCUUAUGAUUCAGAGCAUCAGUAAUAUCAUGAACAAUAAGGUGUUCUACCAGCAUCCUAACUUAAUGAGGGCUCUUGGCAUGCAUGAGACGGUUAUGGAGGUCAUGGUCAAUGUGCUUGGAGGUGGUGGAGAUUCAAAGGAGAUCCGAUUCCCCCAUAUGGUGACGAACUGCUGCCGCUUCCUGUGUUACUUUUGCCGUAUCAGUCGUCAGAACCAACGCUCCAUGUUUGAUCAUCUUUCAUACCUGCUUCAGAACAGUGGCAUCGGCCUCGGAAUGCGUGGAUCAACACCUCUGGAUGUGGCUGCAGCUUCCUGUAUUGACAACAAUGAGCUGGCUUUAGCGCUGCAGGAACAAGAUCUGGAGAUGGUGGUGACGUAUCUGGCUGGAUGUGGCCUUCAGAUGUGCCCAAUGCUGUUGUCUAAGGGCUACCCUGAUAUCGGGUGGAACCCCUGUGGUGGUGAGCGCUAUCUGGACUUCCUUCGAUUUGCUGUGUUUGUUAACGGUGAGAGCGUGGAGGAGAACGCUAAUGUGGUGGUGCGUCUGCUAAUUCGUCGUCCUGAGUGCUUUGGUCCCGCCCUAAGAGGAGAGGGUGGAGCUGGGCUGCUGGCUGCGAUGGAGGAUGCCAUUAAGAUCUCAGAGGAUCCAGCCAGAGAUGGGCCGACUCCGAAGAAAGACAGACGCUUCAUGUUUAGUGGAGAGGAGCAACAGGAGGAGAAUAGGGUGCAUCUUGGAAAUGCCAUCAUGUCAUUCUACUCGGCACUCAUCGACUUGCUGGGUCGCUGUGCCCCUGAGAUGCAUUUAAUCCAUGCUGGCAAGGGUGAGGCUCUGAGAAUCAGAGCUAUCUUGAGGUCUUUGGUUCCUAUAGAAGAUCUGGUGGGAGUCAUCAGUCUUCCUGUGCAGAUCCCGACUUAUGGAAAAGAUGGACAGAUUGUUGAACCCAAGAUGUCUGCCAGUUUUGUACCGGACCACAAGGCCUCCAUGGUGUUAUUCCUAGACAGAGUGUAUGGCAUUGAUAACCAAGACUUUCUGCUGCAUGUGCUUGAAGUCGGCUUCCUUCCAGACAUGAGGGCUGCAGCCUCUCUGGACACGGUGGCAUUCAGUACCACAGAGAUGGCGUUGGCACUCAAUCGGUAUCUGUGUUCAGCCGUGCUGCCACUUCUGACCAAGUGUGCUCCACUGUUUGCGGGCACUGACCACCGUGCCAUCAUGAUUGACUCCAUGCUGCACACCGUCUACCGACUCUCCCGUGGCCGUGCUCUCACCAAAGCCCAGCGUGAUGUCAUAGAGGACUGUCUCAUGUCUUUAGUCAAGUACCUGCACCCAUCAAUGCUGCAGCAUCUGUUACGGAGACUUGUAUUCGAUGUGCCAAUCCUCAACGAAUAUGCUAAGAUGCCUCUGAAACUGCUGACUAAUCACUAUGAGCGCUGCUGGAAGUACUACUGCCUACCCAAUGGCUGGGCAAAUUUUGGCACAACGUCAGAGGAAGAGCUGCAUCUCUCACGUAAACUUUUCUGGGGAAUCUUUGAGUCUCUAGCACACAAGAAAUUUUCUGCAGAGCUGUUUAAGAUCGCCAUGCCGUGCAUCUGUGCCAUUGCUGGUGCCAUCCCUCCUGACUACGUAGAUGCCAGUUAUUCUGCCACAGAGAAAAAAGCCACUGUUGAUGCUGAGGGCAACUUCGAUCCUAGACCUGUGGAGACUACCAACACCAUCAUCCCAGAAAAACUGGACGCCUUCAUCAACAAAUUUGCAGAGCAUACUCACGAUAGGUGGGCCUUUGAAAAGAUCCAGAACAACUGGACCUAUGGAGAGACACUGGAUGAGAUCGGGAAGACACAUCCUAUGCUCCGGCCUUAUAAAACCUUUUCUGAAAAGGAUAAGGAGAUCUACCGCUGGCCCAUUAAGGAAUCCAUUAAAGCCAUGCUAGCCUGGGAGUGGACUUUAGAGAAAGCUAGAGAUGAGGGGGAGAAGAUUGAAAAGGCCACCACCAGGAAGAUCUCUCAAACUGCUCAGGCUACUUAUGAUCCUAGUCAGGGAUACUCACCCCAGCCUGUGGAUUUAACUACCAUGGCUUUGUCCAGAGAGCUGCAGUCUAUGGCAGAGCAACUGGCUGAAAAUUAUCACAACACCUGGGGCAGAAAGAAGAAGAUGGAACUCCAGGCCAAAGGUGGUGGUACCCAUCCUCUGCUUGUCCCUUAUGACACAUUGACGGCUAAGGAGAAAGCCCGUGACAGGGAAAAAGCUCAAGACCUGCUUAAAUUCCUCCAGUUUGAAGGAUAUGCUGUUACUAGGGGCUUGAAAGACAUGGAGCAGGAGAUCUCUUCCAUCGAGAAACGGUUCGCUUACGGCUUCCUCCAGAAGUUGCUGAAGUGGAUGGAGAUUGCUCAAGAGUUCAUUGCACAUCUGGAGGCUGUUGUGAGUAGUGGAAGGGUUGAGAAAUCCCCUCACGAGCAGGAGAUCAAAUUCUUUGCGAAGAUCCUGCUGCCACUGGUUAACCAGUACUUUAAAAACCACUGUCUCUACUUCCUUUCCACUCCUGCCAAAGUUCUGGGCAGCGGUGGUCAUGCCUCCAAUAAGGAAAAAGAGAUGAUUGCCAGUAUCUUCUGUAAGUUGGCUGCUCUAGUGAGGCACAGAGUUUCCCUUUUUGGAACUGAUGCUUCAGCAGUAGUAAACUGCUUACACAUCCUGUCUCGUUCACUGGAUGCCAGAACUGUGAUGAAAUCUGGCCCAGAGAUUGUAAAAGCAGGCCUGCGUUCAUUCUUUGAGAGUGCUGCUGAUGACAUUGAGAAGAUGGUGGAGAAUCUUAAACUUGGCAAGGUUUCCACCAAAAAUCAGGUUAAAGGUGUGUCCCAAAAUAUUAACUACACUACCGUGGCUCUACUACCAGUGCUCACAUCACUCUUUGACCACAUUGCGCAACACCAGUUUGGUGAUGACGUCAUCUUGGAUGAUUUGCAGAUAUCCUGCUAUCGUCUUAUGUGCAGUAUCUACUCAGUCGGUACAGUUAAGACCCCUCAUGCUGAAAAGUUAAGGCCCGCUCUUGGUGAGUGUCUGGCUCAUUUGGCUGCUGCCAUGCCUGUAGCCUAUCUAGAGCCUCAGCUCAAUGAGUUCAAUGCAUACUCAGUCUACACAACAAAAACACCAAGAGAGAGAGCCAUCCUGGGACUUCCGAGUCAGGUGGAAGAGUUGUGCUUGGACAUCCCAGAGCUGGACGUGCUAAUGAAAGAGAUUAGUGACCUGGCAGAGUCUGGAGCUCGUUACACAGAGAUGCCGCAUGUGAUCGAGAUCACGCUGCCGAUGCUGUGUAACUACCUCCCGCGCUGGUGGGAAAGAGGGCCUGAGAACUUCCCAGAGCAGAUGGGCCAAGUCUGCACUGAGGUCACUUCUGAACACCUCAACCAGCUACUAGGCAGCAUCAUGAAGAUAGUGGUCAACAACCUGGGAAUUGAUGAGGCCUCCUGGAUGAAGAGAUUGGCUGUUUUUGCCCAGCCCAUCGUUAGCAGGGCCAAGCCGGAGAUGCUAAAGUCUCACUUUAUCCCCACUAUGGAGAAAUUGAAGAAACGCUCAGGGAAGGUAGUAGCUGAGGAGGAGCAGUUACGUAUGGAGGGAAAGACAGAGGUCGACAGUGAAGAAGGCACAAUCCGAGAUGAGUUUGCUGUACUCUGCAGGGAUCUGUACGCCCUCUAUCCACUGCUCAUCCGCUAUGUGGACAACAACAGGGCGAGAUGGCUAACGUGCCCUGAUUCUGAUGCUGAAGACCUGUUCAGGAUGGUGGGAGAAGUUUUCAUCUUCUGGUCGAAAUCUCAUAACUUUAAGCGUGAGGAGCAGAACUUUGUGGUGAUGAAUGAGAUUAAUAACAUGUCUUUCCUUACGGCUGACAGCAAGAGCAAGAUGAGCAAGGGUGGUGGUGCUGAUACAGAACGUACAAAGAAGAAGCGCCGUGGUGAUCGCUACUCGGUGCAAACCUCGCUGAUUGUAGCUGCUCUGAAGAAACUCCUGCCCAUUGGGUUAAAUAUGUGUUCUCCUGCAGAUCAAGAGCUCAUCAACUUGGCCAAGAUUCGUUAUUCUCUGAAAGACACAGAUGAAGAAGUGAGGGAGUUCCUACAGAAUAACCUCCAUCUGCAAGGCAAGGUGGAGGACCCCUCCAUGCGCUGGCAGAUGGCUCUGUAUAAGGAAACCUCAGGGAAGGCGGAGGAUGCUGAAAAUCCAGAGAAAGUUGUGAAGAGAGUUCAGGAAGUUUCUGCUGUGCUUUACCAUAUUGAAAUGACUGAGCACCCUUUCAAAUCCAAGAAGAUGGUUUGGCACAAGCUGUUGUCCAAGCAGCGUCGGCGGGCCGUAGUGGCAUGUUUCAGAAUGACUCCGUUGUAUAACAUCCCAAGGCACCGGGGGUCUAAUAUGUUCCUAGAUGGUUAUAAACGCAACUGGUUGGAGAACGAGGGCUACUCAUUUGAGGAUAAGAUGAUCGAUGAUCUUUCUAAAACUUUGGAGGAAGAGGAGGAAGAAGAAGAAGAGACCGAGGCCAAGCCAGAUCCUCUGCAUCAGCUCAUUCUUCAUUUUAGCCGCACUGCUCUCACUGAGAAAACAAAACUUGAUGUAGAUCACCUGUACAUGGCAUAUGCUGAUAUUAUGGCAAAGAGCUGUCACAUUGGUGAGGAGGACAAAGGGGGAGAGGAGGAGGAGGAGGGGGGCGAGGAGCCAUCGUUUGAGGAGAAGGAGAUGGAGAAGCAGAGGCUCUUGUACCAGCAGUCCCGACUCCAUAACCGUGGAGCAGCUGAGAUGGUACUGCAGAUGAUAAGCGCUUGCAAAGGUGAGCCUGGAGCCAUGGUGUCAUCCACUCUUAAACUGGGCAUCUCCAUCCUUAAUGGAGGGAACUGUGAUGUUCAGCAGAGAAUGCUGGAUUAUCUUAAGGAUAAGAAAGACGUUGGUUUCUUCCUGAGCUUGCAGGCUCUAAUGCAGACCUGCAGUGUUCUGGACUUGAAUGCAUUUGAGAGGCAGAAUAAAGCAGAAGGCCUGGGCAUGGUUUCAGAGGAAGGCACAAAUAUCAAGCUAGAACGGGAUGAAAAAGUGAUGGCAGACGAUGAAUUCACAUGCGACCUCUUCCGUUUCCUGCAGCUGCUUUGCGAGGGUCACAAUAACGAUUUCCAGAACUACCUGCGCACCCAGACUGGCAGCACGACCACCAUCAACAUUAUUAUCUGUACCGUGGACUACCUGCUGAGACUUCAGGAAUCAAUCAGUGACUUUUACUGGUAUUAUUCUGGGAAAGACAUCAUUGAUGAACCAGGCAAGAGGAACUUCUCUAAAGCAAUGACAGUAGCCAAGCAAGUCUUUAACAGUCUCACAGAAUACAUACAGGGGCCAUGCACUGGGAACCAGCAGUCUCUGGCUCAUAGCAGAUUGUGGGAUGCCGUGGUGGGAUUCCUCCAUGUAUUUGCACACAUGAUGAUGAAACUGGCACAGGAUUCCAGUCAGAUUGGUCUUCUAAAGGAACUUCUAGAUCUUCAGAAAGACAUGGUGGUUAUGCUGCUUUCUCUUCUGGAGGGCAACAUUGUGAAUGGCACCAUUGCUCGCCAGAUGGUAGACAUGUUGGUGGAGUCAUCUAGCAAUGUUGAGAUGAUCCUCAAGUUUUUUGACAUGUUCCUUAAGCUGAAGGACAUUGUGGCAUCUGAUGCAUUCCGGGACUAUGUGACGGAUCCACGUGGCCUAAUCUCUAAGAAGGACUUUUCCAAAGCCAUGGACAGCCAAAAGCAGUACUCUACAUCUGAGAUCCAGUUUCUUCUGUCAUGUUCUGAGGCUGAUGAGAAUGAAAUGAUCAACUUUGAAGAGUUUGCAGAUCGUUUCCAGGAGCCAGCCAAGGACAUUGGUUUCAACAUUGCUGUGCUACUCACCAAUCUUUCAGAGCAUGUUCCCCAUGACACACGUCUGCAGAAUUUCUUAGAGCAAGCUGAAAGUGUCCUGAACUAUUUCCGCCCCUUCCUGGGCCGCAUCGAAAUUAUGGGCGCAAGUCGGAGGAUUGAGCGAAUUUACUUUGAGAUCAGUGAGGCCAACAGAAACCAGUGGGAAAUGCCUCAGGUCAGAGAAUCUAAAAGGCAGUUUAUAUUUGAUGUGGUCAAUGAAGGUGGUGAAUCUGAGAAGAUGGAGCUAUUUGUCAACUUUUGUGAGGAUACCAUCUUUGAGAUGAACAUUGCCUCCCAGAUCUCUGAGCAAGAGGAAGAAGGAAUUGGAGAUGAGGAUGAAGAAGAAGAAGAGGAAAGUGGUGGAGGGGCAAAUGGUGAUGGGGGAGAAGGAGAAGAAGGGAAUGGAGAUGAGACUCCAGCUGAGUCUAGUUCGGCAUUCGCAGACUUUAUCAAGAGCGUAGUCAACUUUUUUAAUAUGUUUACCUUCCGCAACCUCAGGCGACGCUAUCGCAGACUUCGGAAAAUGACUAUAAAGGAAAUGAUUGUAGGUCUGGCUACCUUUUUCUAUACAAUCAUCAUGGGAAUCCUUCAUUUUAUCUACAGCAUAUGCAAAGGCUUUUUCUUGCUGAUAUGGAAAACACUGUUUGGAGGCGGCCUUGUGGAGGGAGCUAAAAAGAUGACAUUAACCGAAAUUCUUACCAACAUGCCUGAUCCAACUCAGGAAGAGGUGCAUGGUGAUCAAGCAGCUGAGCCUAGUGCUAGAAAGGUUCAGGAAGCAGGUGGAUCAGGAGAUGGAGAGGAAGCAGGUGGUGGAGAGGUAGAAGAUGAGGAUGGGCAAGAGGCAGAAGGAGGAGGUAGACCUGGAUUUGACACACCUGGAGGUCUAGGAGACAUGGGAGAAACUGAGCCUGAGGAGCCCCCAACACCAGAGGGUUCCCCACUGCUGAAGAGGAAACUGCUGGGUGAAGGAGGAGAGGGAGAGGAAGUGGUGGAAGAAGAGCCGCCAAAAGAAGAGCCAGCCCCAGAACCAGAGAAGGCAGAUACUGAAAAUGGGGAGAAAGCAGAAAAAGAAGCUGAGGCAGAGCCAGAAGAGAAAGUGGAUGAGAAAGAGGAGAUUAAAGUAAAAGCCAAAGCCAAGAAAGAAAAACACACAGCUGGAGAUGGCUUUGAGCUCUGGAAUGAAUUGGAGGUGCAGAGAAUCAAAUUCAUGAACUACUUGUCUCGCAACUUCUACAACCUGCGUUUUCUGGCUCUGUUCAUCGCCUUUGCUCUAAACUUCAUCCUGCUCUUUUACAAGGUGUCCAGUAGCCCCCCAGGUAUGGAGUUUGAAGGCUCAGGCAUGUUUGAGGGCUCUGCAAUGGAUGACGGCUCUGGGGGUGAACCAGAGGGUUCUGGAAUGGAGGAAAAUGGAGAAGAAGAUGAUGAAGAUGGGCCUCUCUAUUACUUCCUGGAAGAGAGCACUGGUUACAUGGAACCUGCAAUGGCAUUCCUCGGCAUUUUACACACCAUCAUAUCUUUCCUCUGCAUUAUAGGCUACAACUGUCUAAAGGUUCCCUUGGUUAUUUUUAAAAGAGAGAAGGAGCUGGCUCGUAAGCUGGAAUUUGAUGGUCUUUAUGUGACUGAACAGCCGGAAGAUGAUGACAUCAAAGGCCAGUGGGACAGACUGGUCCUAAAUACACCAACCUUCCCAAACAACUACUGGGAUAAGUUUGUAAAGAGAAAGGUGUUAGAGAAGUAUGGGGAUAUCUAUGGCAGAGAGAGGAUUGCUGAGCUGCUGGGAAUGGACCUGGCAUCACUGGAUGUCAGUGCAAUGACGCAUGAGAAAAAGCAUAAACCUGACAACUCCAUGUUCACCUGGCUGACCGCCAUCGACAUCAAGUAUCAAAUCUGGAAGUUUGGAGUUGUUUUCACAGAUAAUACUUUCCUUUACCUGGUGUGGUACUUGGUCAUGUCCUUUCUCGGUCACUACAACAACUUCUUCUUUGCCUGUCACCUGCUGGACAUUGCCAUGGGUGUCAAAACGUUACGUACCAUCCUGUCUUCUGUCACACACAAUGGCAAGCAGCUUGUGAUGACGGUGGGCUUGCUAGCUGUAGUCGUGUACCUGUACACUGUCGUAGCCUUUAACUUCUUCCGCAAGUUCUACAACAAGAGUGAAGACGAGGAUGAGCCAGACAUGAAGUGUGAUGACAUGAUGACUUGCUACCUCUUCCACAUGUAUGUGGGAGUGAGAGCCGGCGGAGGAAUAGGUGAUGAGAUUGAGGAUCCGGCUGGAGAUGAAUACGAGCUGUACCGUGUCGUCUUUGACAUCACUUUCUUCUUUUUCGUCAUUGUCAUUCUGUUGGCCAUCAUUCAGGGUCUGAUCAUUGACGCCUUUGGUGAACUGAGAGAUCAGCAGGAACAGGUCAGAGAGGACAUGGAGACCAAGUGCUUCAUUUGCGGAAUUGGAAGUGACUACUUUGACACAACUCCGCAUGGUUUCGAGACGCAUACAAUGGAGGAGCACAACUUAGCCAAUUACAUGUUCUUCCUAAUGUAUCUAAUUAAUAAAGAUGAAACGGAACAUACUGGACAGGAAUCCUAUGUGUGGAAAAUGUACCAGGAGCGAUGCUGGGACUUCUUUCCAGCUGGUGACUGUUUCAGAAAGCAAUAUGAGGAUCAGCUCGGCUAGUUUUGCCAUGGCCAGUGCACUAGUGCGUGUGUUAGUGAAUGAUUGUGUUUGCUUGGAAAUUCAGACGGUGAUGGAUGCAAACGGGUCUGUUUCAGUGUGGCAAUUUAAGAACAAACUUGAGCACACAUUUACACCCCAAGCCUUUCAUUUACUUGUGUUGUCAGAAUAAGAGAAAGAUGAAUAUGCAAAGUGUGUGUAUUAGUGUUUCUGUCCGUGUGAGAGAGAAAGCAAUAGAUGGAAAGUUAAAAUCCUGAAUGUAAACAACGUUUCAAAAAAUGCUCGAGGCUGCCAUCUCUCUGUCUUGUAUGUAUGUUUUUUUAUGGAUCUUAAAACAUUACAGUGCCUAUUCCUGAAAUAACUACAAUAAUGGCGGGUAUGGUGAUACUGCUUUAUAGGAUGUCAGUAUUGAUUUUUUAAAAUAGUUUGCCUAGUUUGAUUAGGAGAGAAAUCAGAUUGAAUGUACAUGUAAUAUAUGACGUUUUUUUCUGUUAUGUAUGUUAAAGCUGAGGUUACAGUGUAUUUACACAAAUACAUACUAGAGCAACAGAAACAGAGCCAUAUCACUGCUUAAGUCUUGCUCUACCACUAUAAAACAUUAACAUGUGAUCCUUUGAGAGGAACCUAACCAAAGGCCUUUUCCCACUAUUCAUUUCUUGAGACAAUUUUAUAUGUUCUACAAAACUAACCCAAACUUUGUAUGAAUGUUUAAUGAACUUUUGUGCACUGCAAAGUCUUAGGAUGAGAUCGUUUCUGUGCCAUGUUCACUCACACAGAGUUUCUGAAACUCAGCUGUACAACGCCAUCUUUACAGGAGAAGAUUUUUUUAACCUGCAUAGAAACACUGUUAACGGAUAAGGAACAAAUGAAUGCUAGUUGAGAAUGGAAUUACACUGCGUCACCUGUUUUCUACUUGGAUGUAUAGAGUACAGCCGGCGUUCCCAUCCUGUCAUUUAUGUCUAUGACAAGAAGAACUUUAAAUACUGUAGAUUUAAUUAACUUAUUUUAACAAAAAUAUAUAGAUGUAUAAAUACAUAUAUUUUUUGUUGGAGCAUUGGAAUAUAACAGAUGCAGUCCACCUUUCUGUUUUAGGUAAAUAUAUAUAUUGAGUAAUUUUUUUGGGAUAAUUACAAACAACAAAAAAAAGUACUGAUUAAAGUAAAAGAUGGAAAAAAAUGAUGAAAAAAGCAUCCAUUUUGCAAACAGACAUCAUUUUUGAUUGUGCCAAAACACUUCUGGUCUUACUUUUAAAUCAAUUGCAUAUCUUUUUUUUCACAUUAGCGAAAUUAAUGAUAUUAGAUCUUUAUUAUUUGUGUUUUAAAAGUAAGCCACACUAUACACAGACACACACACAUGGAAACACACUUACUUUCCAUGUUUGCGGGAAGUGUGAAAGGGUGUCCAAUGUGUGAAGAAUAGAGAUUUCUUUUCUUUAAAUCUCACUGUGUUUCAAUAAAAUAAUAUUUUAGGAGCA